GCCAGCUCAUUUUCGAAUUGAAGAAACGAAAAGAAGGAAAGCCUAAAGAGAGCGAGCGACGGAGGGGGGAGCAAAGUUAGGCUGGGAGAAGUUCCACGGAACACCAGCAGUGGCCGCGAAAACAAACCGCGACUCUUUCGCCUCCGUGUCUCUUCUUUUCCUCCUUCCUCUUCGGCCGUCUCUUCUUCCUUCUUCCGCCGUCGACCUCGAUCUACGGCGCCCCUCCGCUGAGCAAUUCUCUCCGUCCGACGUCGCCGGAGCACGAGCAAGUGAAAGGGCGCGAGAAUCCGGAGGGAACAACGAAAGGAAAAGGGAAAAGACGCGGGAGGUUAGAGAUGAUCACGAGAUCGAAUCUAGCGGAGCAGUUGAGGGAGUACCAGAUUCGAUCCAAGCAUGAUUGGGCCUCCGUUUCCUUCUUCUCCUCCACUUCGAAUAGUUUCAGUCACUCGAGGGUUGAUGUUGUCAUAUUCGUCAUAUGGGAACUCGUUGUUCUAGCCUUCCUGGUCUUCUCAGCCGUAUCUUUAUACUUUAGGCACAUGCGACUUGCCUUCAUCUUAGUCUGCAUCACGUUAAUAUUGGUGCUAUGCAUGAAAGUGACGAAGCAAGUUAGGCUAGCAAGGAAGAAGAAACGAAGAAUGCUUCUGCCUCUAUCCAUGUAAAAGGGCAAAACAAAAGUAAUAACUCCUUUUGUUCUGGGAAUUAUUACAAAACAAAGUUUGUUAUGCAGAGUUUGUAAACUGCCGGUGUUCGCUUCCCAGCAAUCUCUCUGUCUAGGUUUGUUGGUGGAUUCUACACAGAUUUUACCAGAAAGCAAAAGACAAGCCGGUGAAUUCAACAAACGCCGAUUCUCAGAGUAACUCGUCAUGGAAAUUUUGCGACCAUCGCUUUAUUCGAGGUACUUUUUCCUUUCAUGGUGCUCAGGGUUUGACAUUUAAUGGCUGCAUCUCUCGAAAGUUUGCAAGUAGUAGUAGACAACUUGAAGGGAGGGGCGAAUUCUACAAAGAGAUCAAUAUUCUUCACUGAACGGAUGUGUAAUUCUGCUCGGGGCAAUAUUUAUGUUUUUUUUACAAGAAUUGAUGUACAACUACUGUAAAGAGAAAUGCUCAAGGCGCAGAAUGUGGGGUUUUUGAAGUUUUCACCAUGAAUACAAUUGGGGAAAUGGU